AUGGAGAAGUUUUCUGUCUACUCUGACAAAACAACGGGGAUUUCUCCCUUUGUUCCUGCCAAUAUCCAUCCAACACUGGCAACGUAUAUAUUCCAUGUAUUUUUGAUUCCAAUCAAGAUUGUUGUUGUUCUCCCCGUGGUGCUGCUCUAUCCGCUAUUCACACUCACAUCGGGACUGACGAGGGUUUUCUUGGACAUCCUGCUUGCAUACUUCUUCAACGUCUGUGAACAGGAGCUCCUUGUAGACGGUAUCAGAAAAUCCGAUGAAGCUGGUAAACUAGCCAACACUCCCUCACUCGGCGAUGUUGUAUUUGUCAAUGCCAACGGGCCACUUGACUACUUUGUUUGGAAAAUGCAGUGCCAAUACCCAAACAAAAUAAAGGUGGGGGUGGCUACGGAUGAAGGCGUUGUUCUUGUUCCAAACGCCAGUGGCUGGUUCGGGUGGUGUUUCGGCGGAUCUCUACAAGUACCUAAAUCUUGGAAGUUGCUCAAUCCUGAAACCAUCAAGGAAAUCACCCUCUUUGUUGUCAUUGAGGGCACCAUAAGCAAUGGCAAGGGUGUGCUCUCCGUGCCACCACACUUUGACGUUGAGGAAUUUUUAAAAACAAUCAAAACUGCAGCUUCUAAAGCCAAGGUUCUCAGCACAAAGGUGAGUCCUGUUGGAAUCUCCGAAACCGUUAUCCCGACAAACAAGUGGUAUUGGUGGUUCGUCAAUUUUGGAAGUAUUUCCAUGAACCUGAAAUACAGACUAAAGCUUUACAAUCUCGACUAUAAGGAACUCGACAUUGACAGUAUUAGAACAGCACUGGCCAACGGCGGGAAAAUGAAGCUCCUGAGCAAGAACAUGCACAUCAAUACAAAGAGGGACUACCUGGUUGCCGUGGCCAUGAACAACGAGAAGAAGAGAGUGUAA